AUUCACGCGUCUUCUCUCUCUCUCUCUCUCUCUCUGACAUUACUGCAAGAGUUCAAAGUGAAUUCACCCCCUUAAAUUACUCUCACCUCCUUUCACACACACAAUCACACCACUUUGGCACUUUUUACUGAAUUCUUUCUUGGGACCGUUGGGUUUUUAUAAAAAGUCAAAUCUUUAUCAGUGUUCUUCGAGUUUUCUGUCCAAAAACCUUCAGUUGCAGUGCUAAACUUAGUGUUUCUUGGUGCGCCGAUCGAUACACAUUCUUCUUCUUCGAAGAACCCAUCGGCAUUUUCACCCCCCGUUGUUUUGAAGUGAUAUUCUUGAUGGGUUUGUGAGAAAUGUUAGAGAUACUUUCUUAUUUUCACGUCCGGUUUGUGUUGAUUUGGCGGAUUCAACUCGAUUAAAAUCGGCUUCAAUUUGUAGUUUUGUCGACAUUAAAUUACACAAAAUGGGCGACCCAAUCUCAGCACGGUCAAAACAUGGUCAAACGUUGAGAAGCAAAUUUGAAUUGGAGAACCGUCGUCUGUCGUAUACUGAUUUUCAUUAUCAAGAGGUGAAGGCGCGACUACAGACAGCAGCAUCACCUUCAAAUCAAACGGAAGUUGGAAAUAGAGAUGAGAUAGUUCGGCAUAUGUCGAAUUUGCCGAGUUAUCUCGAAACAAGAAAAGAUACCUCAGAUAAAGCGUUGAAUUUUGGCGUAAUGGAUUGGGGGAAGUUGCAAAAAUGGCAAUAUCAGCAUGUUUAUAAAUGUUCACCGUCUAGCAGUUAUUCUUCCCCGUUAACUUUAACCGCAAGGUCAACUCCCCAGUCAACCGUAGGUCAAAGAUAUUCUUAUUCUGAUCAAAGACCUCCCAGGGUAACCUUACAAUCUUAUUUUAACGCAUCUUCGUCUGAUACGGGAAAUUAUACGAGCAGUGCAGUGUCUUCGAAAGGAAAGAUGAAGAUCGAAGAUCCGUUUCAUAGAACACGGGAUGUUGAUGAGAUCGAAAGGCGAAAAACAAUCGUUUGUUCGCCUAUGGUAUCUCACGUAAACAGUGAAACGGAUGUAAAAAGCCGUUCGUACCAAAAAAGCAACACCUUUGAAGUAAAAAGACCGCCUUUUUCUUCGAAAAAAUCGGAUCUUAAUACGGGUAAUGUUACUGCUAGUAAACUGAGAAAUAUGUCUCCAAUUCGGCGAUUUGGUUUUGGCAAUACGAAAAGAACCGAAUCGCCCGUUUCUCAAAGAACAACUACUGAUAAUAACAAUACACGUGUCUCUACACGUUCUCAGUCAAGUCCAUUAAGACGGAUAUUUGAGCCACUCUUCCAUCUAAAGGCAACAAAUUCCCGACAAUGUAUGGAAGAAGAUUCAAAAGUGAAAGCAAUUUCAAAAUUGGAUCCAAGAAACGACACAUGUGAACCGACAUCAACAAGACAAGCGCUUUUUCAGUCAGUUGUAAAGAACGGCCGGCCUCUGUUCACGUUUGCAAUCGAAAACAAUAACAACGUACUUGCAGCCACUGUGCGGGAUUUAAGUUCUUCCGGGAAAGAUAACAGCAGCCAUUGGAUCUAUACGUUCUUCACCGUUGAUGAAAUCAAGAAAAAGAACUGGUUAUCUAAUAGCAGAAAAGACAAAGGACAUGGUUAUGCCCCGAAUGUAACGGCUCAAAUGACGGUUACCAAUCGUUCGAUUUAUAAUUCUGACACUAGGGAGUUCUCUUUGUUUCGUGUGAACCCGUAUGAUGAACAUGCAGCAAUUGUUGUGAAGUUUUCAAGAAAUGUGGAGAAUGAAGAGGAUCAGGAACGGUUUAGCACAACGGUGAUUCUACCUGGCGGAAAUCAUGGUGUGGCAAGUAACGGUAAACCUUCGCCGUUAACUGACAGAUGGCGAUCUGGAGGUAUAUGUGACUGUGGCGGUUGGGAUUUGGGCUGCAGGUUGAGAACGUUAACAAAUCAGGUGCAGUCUAGCGGAAGAUCAAACUCACCCAACGGCCAGUUUGAGCUUUUCUUUCAGGGGGAUGUGAUGAACAAUCAACAUUUCUUCAACCUUUGUCCAAUUAAAGAAGGGAUUUUCUCUGUUGAAUAUAAUUCAUCUGUGUCACCGUUACAAGCGUUCGCCAUUUGUAUAUCAGUUGUGGAAUGCAGAAAAUCGUCUCAGCAUCAAGAAUCCACAACGUAUGUUGCCAAACGAGUGACAAACGACCCGAAUUCAGUACGUUUUGCUUCGUUUCCACCUCUUUCACCUGUUGGAAGGGUUUAAAAUGGAAUUAUUGUCUUUUUUUAUAUAUAAUCUAGUAAAAUAGUGUAGCCAGUUUGAUAUAGGUAGGAGGAUAUAAGACAGUAGAAAAAAUGUAUCUACUGGUGUAGAAAUAUUCUGAUAACAUAUGAUAUGAUUUCGUUCGUUAGUUUGCGAUAAGUAUCUUUAGUUCAA